AGUCGAUUGUGGUGUUGGCUACCCUAGCCAUACACUGUUGGCUACUGACAUCUUGCGUUGAUUUGGCAUAACCCGUCCCAUGGUCGUCUGAAUAGCGCAGCGCUGGGGAAGAGAUAAAGACGAUAACUUAGUAACCCUAUCCAUAUCAGAGGCAAACCAAUACAGCGUCGACAAAUUCCUGCGAGUUGUAGGAGUUUUGGGGGAAGUGUGGUGCGGUCUGCAGGAUGGCGGAUACGACUGUAGAUGCAACUCGUCGAUUGAAUGUGAAAAAGCAAACGCUUGAUGAUGCGUAUGCUGCCCCAGCCAAUUUCCUGGAGAUUGACGUUAUAAAUCCGAUUACUCAUGGCGUUGGAAAGAAGAGGUAUACUGAUUAUGAAGUUCGUAUGAGGACAAAUUUGCCAGUUUUUAAAGUUAAGGAGUCCAGUGUGCGUAGAAGGUACAGUGAUUUUGAGUGGUUGAGAAAUGAAUUGGAAAGAGACAGUAAAAUUGUUGUUCCACCCUUACCUGGAAAAGCCUGGAAACGUCAGAUGCCUUUCAGAGGAGAUGAUGGAAUAUUUGAGGAAGAUUUUAUAGAGGAUAGACGGAAAGGAUUAGAAGUAUUUGUUAAUAAAAUUGCUGGUCAUCCUCUUGCUCAGAAUGAGAGGUGUUUACACAUGUUUUUGCAAGAACCCGUCAUUGACAAAAAUUAUGUCCCUGGCAAAAUAAGAAAUGCGUAAUGCUCAGUUUUGUGCAAGAUCUGCGGGACUUGCCUGUAAAAAGUGUCAACAUGUUGGACAUUUAUUUAUACACAUAAAGAUCUUUUGAGGUUCUUUUGAAACAUGGUGACAUGUUUAUGAAUUAGAAUUGUUUAAAAUUGCAUUAUUUGAUUGUAUGUAUUCAUAUAUAUGUGUACCUCUCAAGAGCAUUCAUUAUUAUAUGUAUUAUUAGUGAAGUUAUUUCAGUACACUCCAUUACAUUAGUGGUCAAUAUUGUUAUUGUAGUUGUUACUUUAAUACUGACCUUUAUUGUACAGUUUAAUUUUUCAAGAAGAAAUGACAGAAUUAUAUGAAAUUUAAUAUGUAUUGUUUAUUGUUAGUGUAUGUACUAUUUUGGAAAGGACAAUAAGAAUUUGUUUAUAAAUGCGUUAUUUUUUGUGUCCUUUUUUUAUUUCAAAUGGGAGUGCAGUGUUUAUGAAUGUAAAGGAAUGAUUGAAUUUGGCUGAUUCUACCAGCAAAUACAUAUGUUAUUUAUUAUGCAUAAGUCUUCGUCUUUAUCUAUUAAUUAUCCACAACCUGUAAUUGUGACUUUUUCUGGUGAAUAUCAAAAUAUGAAAAUUUGGACAUAAGUUGAAAGAAAAUUUAUAAAAGUGCCAGGAAUAGUGAGAAAUGAUAGUUGUGACAAUUGCAAGAGAUAUUGUUAGGGGAAUUUUGAACAAAGAAAAAAAAACUAGAUGAAUCAAAGAAGUUUUCAAAAUACAAAGUUUGUUUUGAUUUUCUAAUUUUUAUUGGCACAAUUGGCUUAAUUUACUACUAUUGGGAUCAAGAAAUUACCUUAUCAAUGUUCUUGGAUUGGUUUGUCAUAAUUACACGAAACUUGAGCAUUGCUCAUUUUUCAGUACUUUUGCUUUCUCUUAUUGCUCAUAAAUAUAGUCAAAAAUGUUACACACGCAUCUCCAUGGAGCUCGAUUUUCUACUCUAAAGGAAGCACCGUUUGAUUUGUGAAAGUAGUUUACUUGGAAAUGUUACAUAAUAUACAAACAUUAAAUAGAAUCAUCAACUGGAUGUUUGUUUUUGUAAUUUUCCACUGUAAUUUAUUUCAUUAUUCUAACCUACAUUCUUCUAGUGUUAUUAUAUUAUGAGCAUUUUGAUUUCAUUUCUUUGCAACAAAAACAAUUUCAUUUGCUUUUCUGAAAAUUUGUUAUUAUAGGUAUUUGUUAAUGCAUUUAAGUUAAAAUGACAUCAUUGAAAAUCGUGUAAAACAAGACUAUAAAUAUAUUGAAAAAAAUAAAUUAUUUGGAAUAUUUAAAUUUACUUGCAAGUGUUAAUUUUUUUAAAAGUAGAAACUACUUAU